AUGUAUCUAGUCUGCUGCAUCCGUCUGUCCCCUCCUCAGCUCCCUGGUAAUGAGACUCUCUGGCUGGGUCCGUCCAAGGGGUCAGACCACUCCGGAGUGGAACGUCUCCCAUUGGGUCUGAUCAGCACUCAGGGAAGCUGUCAGCUCAAGUGCGUAGGAGCCCUUCUUCCCAAAAGUUCGAAUCAGGCAUCUGUUGAGAGGGGGGAAGGUCUGGAAGAGAUUGGGGUGGUAGUGGGAAAUGUCACUCCUUUGCCUAUGCAACGAAUAGGGUCUUCUCCACUUGUCAAGACGUUUUUUGUGGCUGCUUCUAUGCCAGGUUCGGGAGGUGUCCGUCCUGAUUAG